ACAAUAACACUCUUCAUUACCAAAAAACACAAAAAAAAAACAGAGAGAAAGACAGAAAAACAAAAAAAAAAAGACAGAGAAAAAAUAAACAAAUUUUCUUUUCUUUUUUUUUUCCCUCUAAAGUUUACGUUUUGUGACUUUUGUCGAUCGUGUUUUUUUUUUCUCAAUGGGAGCUUUUGAAACAGAAAACACCGCUAAAGAUGCGGCGGCUCUUGAGACACAGUCUUCACUGGAAGAGUUCAACCAGCCGUCUCCUCUCCGUAAAAUAAUCUCCGUCUCUUCCAUCGCCGCCGGUGUGCAGUUCGGGUGGGCCCUACAGCUCUCUCUCCUCACACCUUACGUCCAGCUUCUUGGUAUCCCUCACAAAUGGUCCUCUCUCAUCUGGCUCUGUGGUCCCGUCUCCGGCAUGAUUGUCCAACCCAUCGUCGGUUUCCACAGCGACAGAUGCACGUCAAGAUUCGGUCGCCGCCGUCCCUUCAUCGCCGCCGGAGCCGCCAUGGUCGCCGUCGCCGUGUUCUUGAUCGGUUACGCGGCGGAUAUCGGCUAUAAAAUGGGAGACAAGCUCGAGCAAACGCCGAGGGUUCGAGCUAUCGGGAUCUUCGCUCUCGGGUUCUGGAUCCUCGACGUGGCCAACAACACCCUCCAAGGACCUUGCCGUGCUUUCUUAGCCGACCUAGCCGCUGGAGACGCUAAAAGAACGCGAGUCGCAAACGCGUUUUUCUCAUUCUUUAUGGCGGUUGGAAACGUUUUGGGAUACGCGGCUGGUUCUUUCACCAACCUACAUAAAAUGUUCCCGUUCGCAAUGACCAAUGCAUGCGAUCUUUAUUGCGCUAAUCUCAAGAGUUGCUUCUUCUUGUCCAUCACACUCCUCCUCAUCGUCACCGUCACGUCUCUUUGGUACGUAAAAGAUAAACAAUGGUCUCCGCCGCCGGUAGCCGCCGACGAGGAGAAGAAGAGUGUUCCUUUCUUUGGAGAAAUCUUUGGAGCUUUUAAAGUCAUGGAACGUCCCAUGUGGAUGCUUCUUAUCGUCACGGCACUAAACUGGAUCGCAUGGUUCCCGUUUCUUUUGUUUGAUACCGAUUGGAUGGGUCGUGAAGUGUACGGUGGAGACUCAGAAGGAGACGCAAGGUUGAAGCAAAUAUACAACAAGGGAGUACAGUCUGGUGCAUUGGGGCUGAUGUUUAACUCUAUCGUUCUUGGUUUCAUGUCACUUGGUGUUGAGUGGAUUGGUAAGAAAGUGGGAGGAGCUAAACGGCUUUGGGGAAUUGUUAAUUUCAUUCUUGCCAUUGGUUUGGCCAUGACGGUUCUUGUCACGAAAUUGGCGGCGGAUUACCGGAAAGUCGCCGGUCCUUAUGCCGGACCGUCGCCUGGUAUUAGAGCUGGAGCGUUAAGUCUCUUUGCUGUUCUUGGUAUUCCAUUAGCUAUUACUUUCAGUAUUCCGUUUGCACUAGCCUCCAUAUUUUCAAGCAGCUCCGGCGCCGGCCAAGGACUGUCGUUAGGAGUUUUAAAUUUGGCAAUUGUGAUACCACAAAUGAUAGUAUCACUAGGAGGAGGACCUUUCGACGCCCUUUUUGGCGGUGGAAACUUACCGGCAUUUAUAGUCGGAGCAAUCGCAGCGGCGAUCAGUGGAGUAUUAGCUAUAACCGUUUUACCUUCACCACCACCGGACGCACCUGCCUUGAAGACAGGAGCCAUGGGAUUCCAUUAGUUUUACAUUAUGUUUUAUUUUCUUUAUGAAACUCAUGAUCAAAUACAGUACUAUUGUGCAAAACUGCAAGACCCAAAACCACAAAAAAGAACAGAAGAUGAUCAAAUCUAAUAAGCUUGGGUUGUCUGUAUUCCACCCUUCUUUUAGUUUCUUGUUUUUGUUACUGAUAUCAAAAUGAAAUAGAUUUGUUUUUUUUUAUAA